UGGUAUUGACUAGUCCAUCAGGAAGAGAAAAGGUGAGAGAGAGAGAGAGAGAGAGAGAGAGAGUGAAAAUGGUGGUGAAGGUGUACGGGACUGAUGCUGCAGCGCCGAAGCGAGUGCUGGUGUGCCUGAUCGAGAAGGGGGUCGAGUUCGAGACCGUCCCUGUGGAUCUCUUCAAGGGCGAGCAGAAAGCCCCUGAAUUCCUCAAGCUCCAGCCAUUUGGAUCAGUUCCUGUAAUUCAAGAUGGGGACUACACUCUAUUCGAAUCGCGGGCCAUCAUAAGGUAUUAUGCUGAGAAAUACAAGCAUCAAGGGACCGACCUUCUGGGGAAGACAAUAGAGGAGAGGGGGCUCGUCGAGCAGUGGCUCGAAGCGGAGGCUCAUAGCUACCAACCGCCGUUGCGCGACCUUGUCCACAAAAUUGUUUUGGCCCCAAUUAGGGGACUUACGUCGGAUCCGAAGCUGAUCAAAGAGAGUGAGGACAAGCUCUGUAAGGUACUGGACAUCUAUGAGGAGAGGCUGUCCAAGAGUAAGUACCUGGCGGGGGAUUUUUUCAGCCUUGCCGACCUGAGCCACCUCCCGUUCACGCAGUACUUGAUGGGAAAAAUGGGGAAGGAGUACCUGAUAAGGGACCGGAAGAGCGUGAGCGCAUGGUGGGAUGAUAUCUCGAGUAGGCCUUCUUGGAAGAAGGUCGUCGAGCUCUGGCCCGGUCUGUAUUAGGACAUCAUUUCAUUAGGCGUGCCCGGUGCACCGAGUCCUUGGUCUAUGUGAAGGAGUAGUCGAUUUCAACGGACUAGCGAGUCUCUCGGUGCCCAAUCACUACGUUUCUACUCGAUCUGAAUCGGCAGAUUCAGACGAUCUUAUAAGCUUUGUCGAGUCUGGUUUGUGAAGAUCAAUGUCAAGGCGGGUCACUGCGGUGAAUCAUCCUGUUGGGGACCCUUAUGGUUAUUAUCCUUGCUGGUUCUAGAACUAAAACACUCUGGACCUGUCCCUUUGCCUUCA